GACCUGCGCGCCAGAAUAAUAAAUAUAUAUCCCAUGCUCGCCUCACCUCUUCAACCAUCGCUCUCCGCUCACUUGAUCAAAAGCCAAAGGCCGGGGUAGUACCGUCCGUACCAUUACAUCUUGUAAGCAAUGUUGCCGUAGUCUGUCUCGUGACAUCUUGCUUAUGCGUAUCCAGAUAUCACUAUCCCAGCUUCUUGAUAUUACAAGUAUGGGUUCUACUAUGGGAUUUGCUGCAGCAAUGACGACGGACGCGGAAAGAGAGGCGGAGGAGGCACGAAGAGCGGCCAUAAGAAGUGGGCUUGCCUCGGCUCUUUGCGACCAGCCAACUAUACAGCAACUCUCAAGUUCUAGAAAAGCCGCUCAGGACAGGAGGGCAGAUACCGCGAGGCAGAGGGCAGAGACGAAGGCACAGGCGGAAACUGAAGCCAAGAAGACACAAGGGGAGACUGGGUAGGGUGGAGGCACAAUUAGGUUCUCAACAUGCUUU